CUGUGUCUUCCGUAGUUGUUUUCCCGCGUUUCUUCCGCGAGUGCGUGGUUUAGGGUUAGAUUACCCAGUAAACAUUAAAUAUGUUAUGUCACAUCAACAUUAUAAUUUCUUAACAUCAUUAAUUAAUGUAAUGUAAACGUUACUUAGUGUUUAUAUGUAGUGUGUAAGAAUAGUGAUAGUGCAAUCAGUGAUAUCAUAGUGCAAUCAUAGUGUUCAUUUUUUGUUAAAUAAAAUAUUAAAUGCUGUGAAAAUGGAUGACCAACCUUCAACCAGUGGCACUGAGAAGAGGAAAGUUGGAGCACAAAAAUUUAGAACAGCGUGGUUAGCGUUUGUUCAAUGCGCACGCCCGGAAAUUCUCUGGAUCUCCCACUCAGCACUGAUACACGCAUACGUGUGCAUACACGAAUACGUUUGCACUGGAAUGUGACAGACAAACGAGAUGUCCGUUUGCUACCGCUUCUAUUGCGUUGCGUAUUUGCAGAAUCCGAGAUACAUGAUCACGGAACGACUACGUAAAGCAAAUGAACCUCGGUACGAGUUCUCGCUAACAAUCGCGCGACCUGAGGCUCGCCGAUAGCGAGCGUGUCUCGUCGAUACCACAGCGGUGCGAUGAUAUACGACUAAUGCCCGAGAGUAAUACCUGGCGUCGCAUGUUCGGCGUAUCGCUGACGAUCGAGUCGAUCUGUGGGGAAGGGUGAGAACAACGGUGGGGAGACGAGCAGACAUGCUUAAUCGCUCAGAGAGACUCGUAUUUAUGUUUCGUUAUCGGGAUUGAUUGUCGUGAGUAGUAAGGCGCCUCGGAUUCUCGGAGGAUUCUGAUCGAGAGGAAAAGAGAGAAUGGAACGGGACAGUAUGGAACGGGAGAAAAAAGAACGACUUGCGAAAGAACUCGAGAGCCAGAUGAUGAAACAGCAACUCAUUGGUAUGGGAAUUUAUGAAGGAACAGAAACCUACGAACAAAUGAAGGACCUGCUUGGUUUCCUUAAUAAUUCUGAGACUACACUGAAUGUUGCUACUGAUAACAAGCACACACGGAAGAAGGACAAUGAGCAGCAUUCCGAUAACGAGUGCCUAUCUGAGAUGAGAUCCGAGACAGAUGCAUCACAGGAGCAAAUGGUUGUUACGCAGGAUUUGCCUAAGGUGACGUACAAACCGAGUCAUACAUUGCCAACGGUUGUGCAACAAGAGCGCAAGAGUUCUCGACACUCCAGCAGCCCAGAGAGCUCACCGUUGUCAACCAAUUCGACUAUUUUUGAUGUGCGAAGCUCUGUGCAAAGGUGCAAGAGCACUGAAAACGACGAAGCUGUGACGACGACAACAUUGGAGAAGCACGAGCAGACGGGCACGAAUCGGCCCGUCCUGUCGAAGCCAGGCAACAGCACACAGGAGUGCCAGAACUCGUCGCCGGACACAAAAACGAGAGAGAUGCAGUGCGCCAUGCAGAGCACUUACUACCAGCAGCUGGAGAGGUGGCGGAUGAACCCAUUUGACGUCUGUAUCAACGAAAACGACGUGCCUUUGCAACAGCCGAGGAGCCGGCUCGCCGCGCGAAAAUGCGCACCCUCCUCUGGAUGCCACAACAAGACGUACACGUCCGAGCAACACGACCAAAAGAUGCGGGCUCUGGGCCAGCAUUUGAGGGAAAUGGCAGACUUGUGGUACAGUUGGCAACGUCCUGCGAAUGCGAAAUUUGAGUGGGGCGUACCCAUCGAGGUCGGCACUGCUAACGGCAGUCUGGAUAGAAAACCAGUAACAGAACCUAAGACUGAACUAAUCAAGGCGGAAUAUACAUACAGAGAUAGUUACGAGCGAUCUAGUAAGCGUAAGGCGAAUUCUCUCAUUGCGAGAGAAUGUGCGAGUCUGAAUAAAGAUAGUUCCAGCGACGAAGAUGAUCAGUACGAGUUUGCUCGUAUUAAGAAAAAGAAGACCCAGUCCGACGACAAGUCGAGCAAUGUAGCAGAUCAUGCGAAUCAACAACAUGCGCGAGCCGGCGGUAAACGCGAAGCAGCUAUGUCGAUCGCUCGUAACUCCCACGAUGAUGAUAACAGUAACGACGACGAAGACAUAAAAUCGCCUCAUGGAAGGAAAAUCGAGAACGAGAAGAACGAAAGGCUGUCUCCCGUGUUGACCGCGUACCCGAAGAGAACGAUACCUCCCACUCCGAAAGCACGAGCGAAUCUCUACAGAAUGCGAAGAGGAGGCGCCGUAUCGAAAUUGUCUCUGAAGUUGCAACGCAACGAUAAGAACGAAGAGAUGGAACGGAUAAAGAAUCAAAAGAAAGACAACGUGAUGACGGACGAAGAAAUCCGUCACAAGCUGGAGGAAGAUGAGGAGGAGGAAGAGGAGGAGGUGGUGGCAAUUUUGCGAAAAGACGUGGAGACUCGAUCGUCGAAGGAAGCCAAAUCUCGAUUGCAAGAGAGACGAUUGUUAUCCAGCAAUGCGGAGAGAUUGGGGGAUAUGCCGACGGGCGGCAAGGAAAGGAACAACAAGCAGCAGGGAAAUAAAGAGAAGGCAGAUCUCGAUGAGCAACGAAAAAAUGAAGAUAAAUUUUCUAAGCUGGAGAACAAAAAUGUGAGCUGGGAGCAUCAUCUGCUAGAUGACGACGAGAUGGAUCAAGAACCUGCUUCGCAAAACGGUAAUCGGCAUGAGAAAAUCGCUGUCUCGACGAACAACAUCAGUUGUCCCAUAUGCAACAAGCCGUUUCCGCCUGACAAGAUAGAAAAUCACGCUGCCGACUGCGACCAGUUCGAGAUAAACGACGAAGAGAACGCCGAUGACACGAAUCUUCUCACGUGUAAUAUAUGUGACAACUACAAGACGACCGACGGAGUGGAAUAUCAGCAGCAUGUUAGGCGAUGUAUAGACAAUAAAAAGGACAAGAGACAUUUGCACAGAUCGGAUGAUGUCGAUAUCGUAUCCAUUACCUCGUCUCAUCGCACUUACAAACCAAGCAAUCAGAAAACAGCAAGCAGCAGUCCUGAAACAAACAUGGACCAGUUACCUUCUCACAGUAGGACACGAGUAUUUACGAGCAAAAAAAGAAAACACUGAUCGUUUAAUACGCGUUAUAUGGCAAUGUUAUUUGAAUCUAUUCUAUUUUUUCUUUUAUUCUGAGAACGAGAAAACGGCAAUCUACCAAAAUAUUUCGAGCAAUUUGUUGCGUAACAUUGUCGACUAAUACAUGUUUUAUUUUGCAUAUUAUUAACAUUCCAUAUUACACAUCACGAUAUCGUACGCCGUAAGUGCGUGAAUCUUUCGUUAUUCAUUUUCUCAUGCGGAUCAUGUUUUUUUGGCGAUAGAUACAUAUUUUAUUUCUCAUAAGAAGAAAUAUUCCAUUCUAAAGAUUUCAUUUAAUUUUUCGUAAGUGAUAUCCGUAUGAUAUUACAACGUUAACAAACAAUGAAUCCUAAGAAGAUGAAAAUAUAAUUUUGUUCUAACAACGUCAAGCGCAUUAAGAAUUAAUUGUGCUGAAACCAAUUCUGCUAACUUUAAAUAAAAUAGUCUCAAGGAUUAAGAAACUUGAAGAAGGAGGAAUAACUAUAUCGCGUAUAUUAAUUAUUAUAUG